AUGUCAAGCGAGACAUUCAACAUCCCUCGGUUAGAGCUGCGAGGAUCGCCGUACGAGGUAGGGCAGCUGCACGGCAAGCGACUAGCUGCCCAGAUUCUCGAUCAGCUAGCCAUUUAUCGCGAGCUGUUCCAGGAGGCGUGCAAGUUUGAUUGGGCGCACGUCCGCACCGUCGCAGCAGAGUUCCGCGCAACAAUCGCGCAACUUGUACCGCAUCUGCUCCAGGAGAUGGAGGGCAUCGCGGACGGUCUUUGCGCCUACGCUGAUGAACACGGUCGAAGCGUCGACGUCCUGGACAUCGUCGCCCUCAACGCGCGCAGCGAGAUCGCGUUGGGGCAAUGGGACGACGGGUGCACCAGCCUCGCGUGGCGGUUACGCGACUCAGCUGGCUCUGGCUUCGAGAGGCAGCUUCUGGGCCAGAACUGGGACUGGAGAGUGGGCGUAGGGAAGAACCUAGCGAUGGUGUCGAUAGAGCAGGAUGGGAAGCCCAAGAUAUGGAUGGUCACCGAGCCAGGAAUCGUCGGGAAGAUCGGUUUCAACUCAUCCUCGGUUGGCGUCCUUCUGAACGCUAUCCGGGCCCGACCUAUCUCGACCUCUCUUCUACCUAUCCACUGUCUGCUUCGGAUUUCACUUGAGAACGAGUCGGUAGACAGCGCGAUCACUGCGAUAGAGAAGCUCGGCGGUGCAGCGUCCAGCCAACAUAUCCUCAUUGCAGACACUCGCAAGGCGCGCGGUCUCGAGCUCUCCCCGCGUGGAGGCGUCUACCUCCCGGAAAACUCGAACGGCAUCGUAAUACAUACCAAUCACUUCCUGGAGAACAGGCUGGUUGACGAGCCCCCUUGGCUCUCCGGGUCCCCUGUCCGCCUCGAGCGUGCCAAAGCGAUCUGCGGUGAACUGAUCCGGGAACUAGGGGACGAUCAUUUCGCGGGGGACACGAUUGACGCGAAGCUGCUGCGGGCACGCUUCUUCUCCGACACCUUCAAUACCCCACAAGCGAUCUGCUGCUCUCCAGACCCGACCCGAGCGGCCGAGAUCCAGACGCUGUUCAAUAUUGUCAUGACGUUCCAGGAAGGGAGUAGACCCUCUGCCGAGGUUGUGUUCGGAAAGCCCGGGAGCGGAGACGAGAGCGAGGUAUUCUCCAUGCCCUGGUAG